UCUGGCUUAGCUUAGAAGUCAAAAGCAAAGUCAGCACUUGGAGCUGUUUAGCAUUGCAUCUGGAGCUCUUCCAGCCUGUUUCCAUUACUGGUGCUUGUUCUUUUACAUACGCCAGAGAAGUCAUGGAGGCAUUCAACAGAUCCUUUGUGGUGCUCAGCACUUUGAUGCUGAUGUUGUGGUUCAAGCUCGUAAAUGCGGUUGAACCCUGGGCAGUUACAGAGUGGGGAGACGCCCAUGCAACUUUCUACGGCGGAAACGAUGCCUCGGGUACAAUGGGUGGUGCCUGCGGGUACGGCAAUCUGUACUCUCUGGGUUAUGGAACCGCCUCCACUGCCCUGAGCAACGGGCUCUUCAACAACGGGCUCAGCUGCGGGGCAUGUUACACUAUCGAGUGCAAGCUCGAGGGGAGCAAAUGGUGCUAUCCUGGUAAAAGCAUCACCGUCACCGCUACCAAUGCAUGCCCGCCUGGAUCAGAGGGCGGCUGGUGCGAUCCUCCUCGUCUCCACUUCGAUCUGUCUUACCCCAUGUUUCAGACACUCGCUCAACCAGUCGGUGGCGUCAUCCCUGUCAAGUACAAGAGGGUCUCUUGCAACAGACAAGGGGGAAUCCGAUUCACUUUGCACGGAAACGCCUGGUUCAACUAUGUCCUGGUCCACAAUGUGGCAGGUGAUGGAGAUGUGGCUGGCGUCUCCAUCAAGGGAGAUAACGGAGGCUGGACUACCAUGUAUCAGAAUUGGGGACAAUUCUGGUCCGCCAGUGAGCACCUUGUCGGUCAAGCUCUCUCUUUCCGUGUCACUUUAGGCAGCGGAAGGACUCAGGAGUUCUACGACGUUGCUUCACCGAAUUGGUACUUUGGCCAGACUUAUGAAGCCGACAACAAUCAGAACUUCUAGUGAUUGUUCAUGCAGUCUCUUUCGUGACGGUCAUUCUGAACCAUGUUCAAUAGAAUUAGCUCUGUCUAUAUAGACGCAGACGAGGCGUGUAUAAAUCAACCGAUUAACGCCCUCUGUUACAAUAUACACGGCAGGCAUAGAACAGACGAGGCGUGUAAAUACUUAAACCGCCCACUGUGAGGCCCACCAUCUUCAUAGUAAUCCCUCAGCUGACAGAGUUGAAGUUGUAGACCAGGAAUUUCAGAACGAUCUGACGGAAAGACCUUCAUUGUUGUCAAUCAAGAGUUCGAUUAAUAAAUCGAGCCAUUUCA